GGAGGGAAAACAAUCCUGAUAAAGAACACCUUCCCCACUCCAGGGUCUUCACAGAUGCCACUGUUGCAGCUGGGGUCGAGCUGCUGCGCCCCCCCUUACCUGGCAUGUGGCACUAAUUCAUGUUACCCAUGUGUCACAUGGAUCAACACUAAAGUCCAUGUCCCCUUGGCCAUGAGGUGGCUCAAGGACACAUUGGACAAACCCAGCUCUCUACAGGUGGAGGAGGUGGAUGAGGGUCUGUUGCAGUUUGAGCAGCUGGAGGAGCUCAUCCUCAGUACCAACCUGAUCAGCAGGAUCACCUCAGCUAACCUGCCCCAGACACUGAAGGUUCUGGAGCUCUGCUGCAAUGCUGUGGCUGAUCUGCAGGACCUGUGUGCUCAGCCUCUUCCAGAGCUGCAGCACUUGGGGCUGGGAUACAACAGGUUGUGCAGCCCCUGGCAGGACAAGUACCUCACUGCAAACUGCUGGCCAAAUCUUGUCUCCCUUGACUUGAGCUUUAACAGCCUCACGGAUCUGCUGGAUCUGGUCUCCCAGCUCUCCAGUCUGCAGAAGCUCCGCAUCCUGCUGCUCCAAGGGAACCCCCUGGCUCUCAUUCCCACUUACAGAGGCUUCCUUGUGGACAGCCUGCCCAAGCUCUUCAUCCUUGAUGACAUCCAAAUAGAGCCUGAGGAGCGGGACCAGUUCCAUGGUUUGGCAGGGCAGCCAGAGCUGACCAGGAGUGAAGCACGAGUGGUUGUGAGUAUUGGGGAAAUCAAGGGAGUCCCUGCUCCUUGUGAGCAGCUGGAGGAUGGCUCCAAGGAUUCAGUGGUCACCUACAGCUACUGUGUGACGUACGAGUUUGCAGAGGGAGAGGAGAUCCAGGACAGCAUCAGCACUGAGGUUUGUGCUUCAUUAAGCUCCUGA